AUGGGUUUCACCGACUUUUUCACUGACGUCGUCUCCUCCCUGGGCUUCGCCGAGGCCCAGGCUGAGGCUCCCGCCGCCGACGUUGAGACCUCCUCCACCCCCCAGGACGAGCCCGCCGAGAAGACCGAGGAGGCCACCGAAGAGUCCGAGUCCGCCGAGGAGACCCCAUCUGAGGAGUCUUCUGAGGAGGCCCCCGAAGAGGAGGAGGCCGCCGCCGAGGAGGAAGAGGAAGAAGAGGAAGAGGAGGAAGAGGAGGAGGAUGAGCCUGAGGACAUCAAGCCUAAGCUCGAGGAGGACUGCGCCAACUCUGCCAAGUGUGCCCCGUACAAGCACCACUACGACGAGUGCGUUGAGCGCGUCACUCGCCAGGAGGAGGCGGGUGAUGACUUCAAGGGUGUCAAGGAGGACUGUGUUGAGGAGUUCUUCCACCUCACCCACUGCGCUACCGCCUGUGCCGCCCCCAAGCUCUGGAGGGAGCUCAAGUAA